AUGUGGCAUCAAAGAUUUUCUGCCUGUUUGAGAGAGGAGGGGUUCUUUCCUUGCAAGGCAGAACCGGACAUCUGGAUGAGACCGUUACCGGACGGGUCGUCAUAUGAAUAUGUUGGCGUAUAUGUUGAUGAUCUGGCCAUGGCAAUGAAAGACCCAAAAGCUUUUGUGGUUAAACUGAUCAAUGUCUACAAAUUCAAGCUUAAAGGUACUGGACCACUCACUUUCCACCUGGGAUGUGAUUUUGGAAGGGAUGAACAUGGCGUUCUUUACAUGAGCCCCAAGAAAUACAUCGAGCGCAUGGUAGACACCUACGAACGCAUUUAUGGAGAGAAACCAAAGACAAAUGUAACCUCGCCUUUGGAGAAGGGAGACCACCCUGAGUGUGAUACCACUGAUCUAUUGGAUCCAGAGGGCGUCACUCAAUACCAAUCCCUGGUCGGCCAGCUUCAAUGGGCCAUUUCCUUGGGGAGACUGGACAUAGCGACUGCUAUCAUGUCCAUGUCAAGCUUUCGUUCUGCCCCUAGAGUAGGACACCUCCACAGAGUGAAACGAAUUUGUGGAUACCUAGUGAAGAUGAAGCACGCUUGCAUUCGCUUCAGGACUGGAAUGCCUGACUA